CAGGGCAACACAACAGCUUUAAUCUACUGCUUAGAAGCGACGGCACCCUGAAAGAUGUCAAUUGCACGAAGUCUGCCAAGGCUUCUUCGAGGACAAGCUUCGAUAAUGGAUCUUUGCUGCGGUCGGUGUGGCUACAAGCUUGAGACCAAAGAGGGCAUGCAGCUCUUUCUGAGGCGGCAUAUGCCCGACGCCUCUGUGCAAGCCAGGACCAGCCUGUUUAGGGCACCGUGGGGUACGCGCAAGCAGGUUGGGAUUUACGAUCCAGGCCGAACCUCACCCCCUUCGCGGCAGGUUCGUGACAUAUUAAUUGGUGGCAAGAUUGGCUGCCCUCGUUGCGGCGGUGUGGAGUGGCGAGCUCUACGCUAGGCAUCAUCUCUUCAGAAAACUGACAGCUGAGAGGUUGUGCAAUGUAGCGGAGGAAAGCCAGUCACUAGUCCUACUUGGUAGUUGAUGAUCUCAGGAAAUACCUCGUCCUGCACAAAUGGCCCACUCAUGCUCCAAGCGCGCCAGCUCAUUGGCAAGCAUGGUGGAAAUAUUCAAAGGCUGUCAUUGGCUGGUAUGAUGACAAUGUGGUCAGACAGCUCCACCACAAUUGUGGGAGGCUCUUGCGAAUAUGCAAACUCUGGAAAUGGAGGAAUCAACUCACCAGCUGCCAGCAGCCCAUACGUGGCUUCUCGGACGUAUUGCGCAGCAGAUGAUGCAUUGUACUCAGGUGGUGCAGCUUGUGGCUCAUGCUGGCUUGUGUCCUAUGACGGUAGUCCAGCGACAGAUCCAGGAAGAGCUGGUAGCCUUGUAGUGCAGAUUGUCGACUCAGGAUCCGCCAAGACAUUUGAUUGUCAACUGACUGCUUUCAACAUCAUCACAGGAGCUUCCACUGGGGUAUUCCCAAUUCAUUACGAGCCAGUGGAUUGCGAAGUCUCUUCGGGUGGACCAGUUGUCACCGUGCUCGAUGGCAGCAACGCUUGGUACACCAAAGUGAUUUUCUCAAACCUCCCCCGAGGUGUGCUGCAUGCUGCAGUGGUGUUGGGCGGGGAAAAACUUUUCAAUGAGCGGAGUAAGUGGGGCCACAUGGUCUGCAAGUACAGCAGGCCAGACUGGUGGCAGAGCAUUUGCUUCCUUCAACAUUGAACUUGAAGGAGGUAGUUUCGUGACCUUUGAGUGCUUUGACUCAUGGCCAGUAUCCACUGGAACCUCCUGCCGUUCUCAAACGACCAGCACAGCCAUGCCGACCACAAGCUCAGCCUCAGCAAAAGAGUGGCUUCCAGUUGAAGGAGGAGAUGACAGAGCCUGUCGAGGCAGUAGCCCACAUGAUAUUUCAGAGAGCUACUAUUCUGUUCAAAAGGCAUUGUCUUUGCAAGUGUGCCAGAACAUGUGUGAAGCUAUGACCACUUGUGUUGGCGUCGAGUAUUCUGGAAGACGUUGUGAGCUUUGGACCAGGGCAGACGGCGUCCAAAGUAGCAAGUCUUUGCCGGGCUUCACUUGCCUUAGCUAUGCUGAACCCACCGAGCCGAUUCCACUUCGCUCCGGAGAGUUUGAGCCAGUCGAUGGAGCAUGGGAUCGUGUAUGUCGAGGUUCAUCCCCUUCCGACAAUUCUGCCCGCUACUUCACUGUUUUGAUUGCUCUACCAACGUUGCAAGAUUGCCAGCGCAAGUGCAGAGAAGCAUCAAAUUGCACGGGUGUCGAAUAUCAUAGACUCGGACGGUGUGAAAUUUGGACCCGGAGUGCUGGAAUCGAAGCCAGUGCACAAGUGAACGACUACUCUUGCUGGCGUUUCGUUGAAAAAUUGAACAACUGACUGAAUACUUGAGCAGAGCCUCGAGAUGCACGCUGCAUGGUAGUUGAAAUUAAGACAUAGAAUUUGCACUAUGUCAGAAUUCAGUCAUUUGGAAUUUUGCAGUAUUUACUGUCCUUAGUAAUUAACUGCGUAUUAAGUUUGUCACACUGUCCAGCUGAGGGAUGCCAGAUUGUGCGGGACAGGCUUUUGUAAAAAAGACUAUUCCUAGGCCUUGCCGGUACACUGGCGGUCUUAGGGCUUGCCGGCAGAGAAAGCCAAGGAACGGGCUUUUGCAGAAUCAAUUACACAGAUAGCGGCAAGUACAUAGUCAAAAAAUUGUCAAGAAGACAUUGGAUUUGGUCAAAGUGACACUUUGUAAGGGGCAAUUGGAGUUCAGUGUUCUGUUCAAAUUUACUCGGUCAUUUUCUAUAUUCUGAUAACUUUGAUAUUCAAUUUGUCUUGUAUCUAAGAG